AUGCAUUGGCCGCGGUGCGGGGGGCGAGCCCCACCAGAAGUUUGCCUGUUCAUAAAUAAACGCGAACGCUAUUCAACAGCCCUUGGUGCUGUAUGCAUAACGAAUUUGAAGGAGGCAAACUUGGAGGCUCUGGUUCCACGGAUGGUUGCAUUAAUAUUCGGUACAAAUGGUGCAUGUAGACGUCAAGAGUUGGCAAACAUCACAACUAAUAAUAUCGAGAACCAAGGUCCAUGUCCAGGUUAA